UAUAUCAGUACUUACCUGUUAUGACGCCCUUUGUGCCAUUUAAGACAUGACUAUUACACGCCAGCAGUUGUGCAACGCUUGUAGUUUCGGUUUCAGAGAAGCACCCCCCGCCCCCCGAUUAUUUCUGACAUAAAACAGAAAGACACUCGUACGUCAGGCUUCUGAAAACGUAAUAGGACAUCUUUAUAUAGUACCUUUCUGGUAGCUUGGCAGCCAGGUUGCUGGUAUUCCUCGGGGAAUCCCUCUGGAUUUCAGCGGUCGGCGAGCACUCCUGCGGCCACAAAGCUGACGGGGAAAGGAAGUUGUCGCUCCGUGUUACGAAGUGUGAGCAGACUACCUGUCCAUACAGGACAAUGAAAAUAACCACGCGAUGGCGGGUGAGACAUCUGUUAUGCGUUCUGCUUAUGUUCUUCUUCCUUGGCAUCUUCUUCCUGUCCACCAGUCCACAACUCGGUGUUCCCAGCGGAAUCCCCCACAUGUCCCUCGACAGAAUCAAGAUUGCCUUCAGAACCACUGAGAUCCCGAAGAUCUUACACGCAUCCACGGCUCCUGCAGUGGUAGGACCUACAGAUCCUCCUUACAUUGGUGACAAAUAUGCCCAGGAGGACUCAUUUCCACAAAGGGUCUGCCAGGAUAGCAUACGGCAGAAAGUUGCAGGGACGAUUUUCGAGCCAAAGAUCCUGCCCAGGAUCCCUGUGUUGCAGUGGCACAAGCACUUUUCUCCAGAAGAGUACCGUCGCCUUCAGAACUACCCUGGAUCACAUGGCUGGGGGGAGGUUGACUACCAAAUCUUGGCUGCAUCCCUCACUCUCCUCAACACCACGGCCAAUGGGCUCAUGUUUGACGACUGGGAGAGUCGGGCUAAUGGCUCCUCCUGCAUCCGCUGUGCAGUGGUGGGGAACGGGGGAAUCCUUCGUGGCUCCAAGAUGGGCCGCGAGAUCGACCAGCACCACUACGUCUUCAGGACGAACGCAGCGGUGAUCCGGGGUUUUGAGGAGGAUGUAGGAUUACGCACUUCCAUCUACACAUUCUCCACCAAUACCAUGCGCAACUCCAUCCUUUCUACAGCGAACCAUGAGGGACCCCCUAAGUCCGAGGAGACCAGAUAUGUCUUUAUACCAGACCAUGACCAGGACUACGUGUUGGUGAAGGCCGCUGUGAAAGACACGCCUGUGGAGAAAGGGCGAGAACGCGGCGAGAUGGCAUCCAAAUACUUUGGCCCCAACGUGACGGCAAGAAAGUUGAAAAUGUAUCACCCAGACUUCAUCCGCUACCUGAGAAACAGGUUCCUGCGUUCCCCGAUCUUGAAGACCAGCUACUGGAACUUGUUCCGGCCAUCCACCGGUGCCGUGAUGCUGCUGGCUGCCCUGCACACGUGCGAUCAGGUCAGCGCCUACGGCUUCAUGACCCCCGACUACCAGAAGUACUCUAACCACUAUUACGACCGGACCUUCCAGACUGUGCAGUUCUUCUCCAACCACGACUACCGCAUGGAGCUGAAGCUCUGGCAGGAGCUGCAUGAAAACAAACUCAUUCGACUAUAUAUGCGCUAGAGGACACCUGAGACAUCGCCCACGAGAAACAAGAGAGCCGUUGAUAAGCCUUAGACAUUCCAGAUGCACUUCCUAUGUUGUAUUUUCUGUUUUCUCCAGUUAAAUGUGAGGAUAUUGUUGUAUAAUAAUGUAUACUACACCUGUUUAUGUUACGAAGUUAAGGCAUGUUUACGUGCUGUUUAGGAAUGUUCUAUGGAUGCAUUAUGAAGGUGCACUGAAUUAUAAAGGCAUUACGAAGGUGCAGUUAAUGCAAUGUGUUACCAAACAUUUUAAUAUUAAUUUCUUAUAUCCUUUCUAAUUUUAUGUGGUAUUACUAAAUGUGAAUGAUAAAUAUUGUUGAUAUUUAUUUUCAAAUAAAACCAGAAAACCUUUCUCAUA